AUGGAUUUUUUUUUUCUGUUUCAGAAGGAAGACAUCAUUAAUGCAGAAAGGGACGAAAGACUGUCUCUUCGGAAGCAUCGCUUCAUGCAUUUUGCAUCAUUGGAAUAUGAAGGAGAAUAUUACAUGACACCAAGAGAUUUCUUGUUCUCAGUAAUGUUUGAUCAAGUUGAACGUAAAGCCUCAGCCAAGAAACUGACAAAAAAGGAGGUAGAUGCUGCACUCCUGUGUGUUGCCAAAGCUAAACCAGGACCGACCUUUUUUAGAGAGCUUGGUGAUAAAGGGUUGAUAUCUUAUGCAGAGUACCUAUUUUUGCUGACAAUUCUUACGAAACCCCAGACUGGAUUUCAGAUUGCCUUUAAAAUGUUGGAUACAGAUGGCAAUGAACAAGUUGAAAAGAAAGAAUUCUUUAAGCUACAGAGAAUCAUUGGGAAGGAAGAUGAUUUGAAAACACCUGGAGAUGAACGAGUAUUUCGGGGAGCAGAACUGGAAAGCUCUGGUGUUAAUACCAUGUUGCUGGUACAUUUCUUUGGAAAAGAAGGAAAGGAAAAACUUCGCUAUUCUGAGUUUUUCAGAUUCAUGGAAAAUCUGCAAACAGAAGUCCAAGAAAUGGAAUUCAUAAAGUUUUCGAAGGGUUUGAAUGUCAUGAGAAAAGAAGACUUUGCAGAAUGGUUACUGUACUUCACCGAUGAGGAAAACAAUGAAAUUUACUGGCAGAAUGUGAAAGACAGAAUUGAGGCAGGAGAGAAUAUCAGUUUGGAAGAAUUCAAGACUUUUUGCAAGUUUACAAACAACCUGGAAGACUUUUCUAUUGCCAUGCAGAUGUUUACUGUAGCUAAUCGUCCUGUUAAACGGGCUGAGUUCAAGAGAGCAGUGAAGGUGGCAACAGGACAGGAGCUCUCAGAUAAUGUUUUGGAUACCAUCUUCAAGAUUUUUGAUCUAGAUGGAGAUGACUGCCUGAGCCAUGGCGAGUUUCUUGGAGUCCUGAGGAACCGAAUUCAUCGAGGUUUGAGGGUACCGCAACAGCAAGGCAUUCAAGGUUACUGGAAGUGUGUGAAAAGAGAAAGCAUUAAAGGAGCCAAAGAAGUGUGGAAGCAAACUGGGAAAAGUCCUUUUUAA